UCUUCUCUUCCCAAAGUUGCCAUUUCCGGUUAGCAAGAGGAGAGGAGAGCGAGGGUUUUUUACUUUUCCGGUAAUGGCGUCGCCGUCGUCUCCGACGUUGUCUUGCAGUUCGUCGUACUCGUCGUCGUUUGCACCGUCGUUCAGAUUCUCGUCUCUCCCCGUAAUGGCUUUCCGAGAGAAAAUCAUCGAGAAAGUUUUCGAGAAUCGCGUCACGCUCAUCGUCGGCGAGCCUGGCUGCGGGAAGAGCUCGCAAGUUCCGCAAUUUCUUCUGGAAGCGAAUUUGAAGCCCAUUUUGUGCACACAGCCGAGGAGAUUUGCUGUUGUAGCCGUGGCCAAAACUGUUGCAAAAGCACGUAAGUGCGAAGUUGGAGGAGAGGUUGGGUGUCAUAUUGGCCAUUCAAAGAACUUGUCAGCAAGCUCAAAAAUUGUUUUUAAGACUGCUGGAGUUCUGCUGGAGGAAAUGCAAGACAAGGGAUUGAAUGCACUUAACUAUAAAGUUAUUAUUCUUGAUGAAGUGCAUGAAAGAUCUGCCGAGUCUGAUCUUGUUCUUGUUUGUGUGAAACAGUUUCUGAUGAAGAACAAAGACUUAAGGGUAGUUUUGAUGUCAGCGACUGCUGAUAUUGCAAGAUACAGAGAAUACUUUAAGGAUCUUGGAAGGGAUGAACGAGUGGAAGUGCUAGCAAUCCCUAGCCCUAACCAGAAAACCAUCUUUGAGAGAAAAGUUUUCUAUCUUGAACAGGUAACUGAACUUCUUGGAAUAAGUUCAGAGUCAUCCGCUUUGAGUUUGAGAUACUGUUCUGAUCCAACUCCUUACAUGGCUAACGCUAUUAUCAAACCUGAAGUGCAUAAACUUAUUCACGAUCUGGUGCUGCAUAUUCACGAGAACGAACCAGAUAUUGAAAAGAGCAUUUUAAUUUUCCUUCCAACGUACUAUUCCUUGGAGCAGCAAUGGUACCUUCUGAAGCCACUUAGUUCAUCUUUCAAAGUUCACAUUUUACAUAGUAGUGUUGACACUGAGCAAGCUCUUUUGGCAAUGAGGAUCUGGAAAUCACAUCGAAAGGUCAUACUGGCCACGAAUAUUGCGGAAUCAUCUGUGACAAUACCCAAAGUUGCAUUUGUCAUUGAUUCAUGCCGAUCUUUACAAGUAUUUUGGGAUAAUAAUAGGAAAGUAGAAUCUUCGGAGCUCGUUUGGGUUUCCAAAUCACAGGCUGAGCAACGUAGAGGAAGAACUGGAAGAACUUGUGAUGGCCAGAUUUUUCGAUUGGUUACUGGAUCAUUUUUCAGCAACCUUCAGGAUCAUGAGCUUCCAUCUAUACUGAGGUUGUCAUUGAGGCAGCAAGUGCUUCAAAUUUGCUGUGCCGAAUCUAAAGCUAUUAAUGAUCCCAAGGUCUUGCUGCAGAGGACUCUAGAUCCACCAGAUCCUGAUGUUGUUGAAGAUGCUUUGAAUUUGCUAGUUCAUAUGCGUACAUUGGAGAAAACAUCUCCAAGGGGUCGAUAUGAGCCUACGUUCUAUGGGCGAUUGCUUGCAAGCUUUGCAUUGUCUUUUGAUGCUUCUGUGCUUAUACUCAAGUUUGGAGAUAUUGGGAUGCUGCGGGAAGGCAUUCUUCUGGGUGUAUUGAUGGAUACGCAGCCUCUACCCAUUAUUCGUCCUUUUGGUGAUGAAAAUUUGGGCACACUCUAUACGGACUGCUACUUUAGGGAAGAUGUUGGUGACACUGGCCUAAAUGGUCGGAGGGAGAUACAACUCAUGGCUAACGUAUGUGCAUUUCAGUUUUGGCAACGUGUCUUCAAGGAUAAGCACCGUCUUGAGCAUUUGAAUCUACUUCUAACGUUUGAUGAGCUGAAAGCUUCCAAUUUACUGCUUUCCAAGUCGGAAGAAGAAUGGUGUUCUUUCCAUAAUCUUGUGCAGUCGUCUCUAAAUCAUGUCUCCGAAAUAUAUGAAGAUAUACUUAACUCAGUCCACCGCUUUAGGCCAACAUUUUUGCGUUCAUCUGAUGGCCUUCCGUGCUACUACGAUCCUUGUGAUUUUAAACAUACCUGCCUUCUCAAAUGUCAGCCAAAGGAAGAUUCAGAUGCACUUGAGGUGAAUGAUGAUCACCUUAAGCCUUCUCAUGAGGCAAAGAAAUGUGUUGUCGUACCAUUUGUUGCUUGUGAUGACUUUCAGAAAAUUGAUGUCGCAAAAAAUUUUGCAGCCAUCAUCAAAGAGAUAAAAGCUGAGUGUACGGAAGAUAUAGCUGGUUAUUACAAUAAUGAUGGUUAUCGUGCCAAUGGCGAGAUGCCUAUGUGUAUAUAUUUUCUCAAUGGAUACUGCAACAGGGGUGAUCAAUGCUUAUAUUCUCAUUCACUGCAAGCGAAGAGACCUACAUGCAAAUUUUUCUUCUCUCUCCAGGGUUGUCGAAAAGGAGAAUUGUGUUCCUUUUCUCACGAUAUGGGCCCACCAGGAUCAUCAUUUAGCUCGACCUUUUGCCUCCCAGAAAAUGGUGAAGCUAAUGCAGAAUCCCUUCUUCAGUUGUUUCCUACAUCCUCAGAUGGGUGUAUUCUAGUCUUAGAUGACACCGAUUUGCAUUUCUCCUCGAAUUUUGCUUCCUACUCCAAUCCAUCUAGUAUAGUUGCCACGACACCUUUAUCAGAGACCUCCUUCUUCGAGUCAUCCUUGGAAGAUGUCAAAAUCUUAUGGGGUCUUCAUCAGCCGUACGAAACCAUUAUUUCGAAAGCAGGGAAGAACUCUGUCGAGUGGAAGGAAAUUGGUUGUGUUCUAUGGUUUCCUAAUUUGGUGGCUCUGAUGAACUUACCGAUGCAGAGAAUGCUCGUGCGCAACUUCUUUGAAUAUCUGGCCAUCCGCAUACUAGCUGACGGCUUGGAGGACUUGCAAGUUAUCCUCACCAUGAACAAUAUCAGAUUUUCACAUCUGGAGGUGGAGAAAUUGGGUAGAGAGAGGUUUUUCUUCCUCAGAGAGUCAUUCCCAUUUGACGAAAGAAGCUUUGGGAAGUUGCGGGACACAAUCACCACAAAGAAGCCAAUGGUGGUCUCAAGACCAAUUUCUUAUGUCUUCAACUUGAACCCUCCGUCACACAUUCAAUUCGGUGAUUACGUCACAGGACUUCACCAACUUCUUGAUGUUCAGAAAUGAGACUUCAGGAAACUUCUUGAUGUUCGCGAAAUAUUAUUGUGGAUAGAACUUGUGUUUGUAUACAGUGGAUUAAAAUAUCUUUUGGCAUUUUCAAUUAGGAUGUUAUCAUCGUCGGUAUUUAUAACUGGAAGGUAUUUAGAGGGAGGGAAAAAAAGAAGAAGGAAAUACAGUGAGUAAAGCUUGUGGUGGAUAAAACAUGAUGUGCACGGGUUUUAUGUAUAAUUUUUAUUGGAAAUUUCCCUCCCUCAAGUAUUUGCAUUUGAAAAAAAAAAAAACAAAAGAAAAGAGAGAUCAAAGAAACAGAUAAUCUAUUGUUGUAUUUGAUCAGCCAUACUAUAGAUAGGUAAAUUUGGCUAAAGCCGAAAGGCAUUUUAUGCACAAAAAGUAAUAUCAUGUGCGUGCUGUCAAUUUUACAACCUUUUCUCAGGAAAAAAAAAAAAACCGUACC